AUGUUAGACGAGAAAUACAUUGGCCUGGCCUUGGCCAUGGCAUCUAGUUUAGCCAUAGGAAUCAGUUUCGUGAUCACAAAAAAGGGUCUCAUGCAAGCGGAAGAGCGCCAUGGAUUUGAGGGAGAUGGUUUUGUCUAUCUCAAGAGCCCGGUAUGGUGGGCCGGUAUUACGACUUUGGUUGUCGGAGAAAUCUGCAACUUUGCGGCCUACGCCUUUGCGCCUGCAAUUCUCGUCACACCUCUAGGAGCUCUAUCUGUCCUCAUCGGAGCUGUACUUGGGUCCUACUUCCUAAGGGAAGAGCUCGGUACUCUGGGCCGUCUCGGCAGUGCCAUUUGCUUGAUUGGCGCCGUCAUCAUCGUCCUUCAUGCGCCUCCAGAUGAGGACAUUCAGACGAUUGACCAGAUUCUGCACUACGCCAUUCAGCCUGGCUUCCUGCUGUACGCCUUCGCGGUCACUGUUUUUGCAGUUGUCAUGAUCUACAAGGUUGCGCCAGUCCACGGAAAGAAGAACGCCCUCAUUUACCUCUCGAUCUGCUCGACGGUCGGCUCGGUCUCCGUCAUGUCUGUCAAGGCUUUUGGUAUUGCCCUCAAGCUCACAUUCGCCGGAAACAACCAAUUUUCCCACCCGUCGACUUACGUGUUCAUGAUCCUGACGGCCGUUUGCAUCUUGACCCAAAUGAACUACUUCAACAAGGCGCUCGCCCAGUUCCCCACAAACAUCGUCAACCCCCUUUACUACGUAACGUUCACGACCGCGACCCUUUGCGCCUCGUUCAUUCUCUUUGGCGGUUUCAACACCACCGACACCGUCAAUACGAUCUCCCUGAUCUGCGGCUUCUUGGUCACCUUCACCGGUGUCUACUUGCUUAACCUUUCGAGAUCCGACCCGAAUGGACACCACCUGGUUGCUGGCCGCGGUGGUUCGGAUGCCAUGGGCACGGACAUGGUCUCAACCAUUCAGACUCGCCUUAGCAUGCAGGCGCGCAGAAGCACCGACCCGCGAAUGAGCAUUGGCAGCCGCCACGGUGACACGACCGGUCUGAUGAGAGCCUACGACGAGGAGGCUGGAGCCGAGUUUGGGUUGACCGACCUUGCUGAUGAUAGCGACGACGAAAUCGACCACCGCAGAGGCAAUGGAUCCGCCAAUGGCCACUCCAAGUCCUACAACGAGACCAUUGAGCUUCAAAAUCAGCGAUCCGAUAGGUGA